UAUUUGUGUAGUUAGUGUGUGAGAAAGAGAAAGAAAUAUAGCAUAUAUUUUCCGUAUAACAGAAAAAAUUUUCAGGAUCAAGGCAAAAACAAAAAUAAGAAUCAAAACAUAAAAGAAAAUCAAGCAUACAACGGAAAAUGAUCAAGGCAACAAUAAGCGCACACACAAUCCACCAGUGAACGCUUGAGCAAGAGCCGCCUACACCGUAAAACCGUCAAAUUGCACCGUGAAUGCCCCCCUGGAGUGUGGACAAAACUGAGUUGAAGUGGAUCCAGACAGAGACAGAGGAAUUAUAAGUACACAACGUGCGGUCAGGGUAAGGGGGUAAAAAUGGCCACCAGCGAGAUAUCCAGCUCCAAUGAGCGCCACUACUAUGCCAAGCUAGAAGCCAUUAAGGACAUACGCGACAAGACGCUGACUCUGGAGAAGCUCAAGGUACGCAUCAUCAAGGAGGUGAAGUUGAGCGACGAUGAGGAGAAGUGCCUGGAAGAGUAUCGCAAGGAGAUGGAACAUUUGCUGGAGGAGAAAAUGUCGCAUGUGGAGGAGCUGCGCCAGAUACAUGCAGACAUCAACGACAUGGAAAACAUCAUCAAGCAGACAAAGGAGAAUCAAACGCGCUCCUUCGACAUGGCUAAUCGAGUGUACGAGGAAUACUUGGCCCUUAAAUAUCAAAUCGACCAUAUGCGCCGAGACUACUUGGGCCUGAGUCCACUGAGGGAUUUACAUGAAGAGGAGGGCAGCCCCAUAUCCAAGGACCGUUUCCAGACCAAUUUUCUCAAGGUGGCUGCCCAGUCGGCGGCAGCAGCUGCGGCGGCGGCAGCCGCUUCGGUUAAUCAGCCCACAUCCCUGGCUCGCCCGCAUCCGCGUCAUCCUUUGAUGCCGGAGGCCACGGUUACAACUCUGCCUCCGUCUGGCGGCUCCGGCGGUGCUGGUGGGGGAGGAGGUGCUGGCGGCAGUGGUGCUUGUGGUGGCAGCUCCUCAAAUAGUGGCGGCGGUGGUAAUGGUGGUGCCGGCGGCGGUGGUCCUGGGGCUGGCGGUGGACCCGGUGGCCAUGCAUUUAUGCCACCCGCACCACCGCCCGGUGGAGCAGCGGCUGCUGCUGCUGCUGCAGCUGCGGCGGCGGCUGCCGUUCGUUUGGGCAAGGGCGAUUUUUCGGCUCCGCCUCCACCACCGCCACCCACAAAUCGUUUGCAGCAAACGCCAUCCAUUGGCAUUGGACAUCAUCCGUCUUUCCGUUCCGAUUUCAAUGUGAAUCUCCGCCAGCAGCCGCCGCCGAUGAAGUCGUGUCUCUCCUGUCAUCAGCAAAUCCAUCGCAAUGCCCCCAUUUGCCCGCUGUGCAAGGCCAAGUCCCGCUCCCGCAACCCAAAGAAACCGAAGAAGAAGAAUAACUAAACUGCGGCUACCUCCAAGAGUGGGCAAGGGACCUCAUGCCCUGGGAAACAUGAACUACACUCAUCAUUUUACUAGCCACUAAGGGAAAUUCUUUUUUUCUCCAUCCUAUUUAUUAACCCAACGAAAGUAUUAAAACUCGUCUCAUAACAUUUUUAGUUAAUAAGUUUUUCGCUCAAAUUGAAACUUUAAUCAAUUUGCUGGACAAUUUUUUUUUUCUAUAUUGUAACAACAAAAUAUUGUGUCAAAAUAUAUAUAUAUAUACAUACAUAUACAUAAAUGUAGGACAUAUUAAGCCGAAACGAAUAUAAAAAAUAAAUUGAAUGAAAAAAUUA